UGACAUUGACUUUCAAAACAAAUCAAUGUGGUAAUUUUAGGUUAAAAAUAUUAAACAAUAGUUCUAUAUUUUUAUUAUUUAGAGUUAUGAUUUAAUUUAAUUUAUAUGAUAUAAAGCAAUGGAUUUCGCACGUAAACAAUUAGAAAAAUAUGGCUGGACUGAUGGCAAAGGUUUAGGAAAACAUGAAAAUGGUAUAUCGGAAGCGUUAAAACCGAAGUUGAAGCGUAGUGUCACGGGCAUUGGGCAUGAUGCAGCCGCGGAAUUUACAGAACAUUGGUGGACGAAACUGUACAACACGGCUGCUAGUAAUGUUGAGGUUAAAGAGAAAAAUGGAAAGACAAAAGAAAUAAAAACUAAAGAUGACGAGUUUGAAAUAACAAACAGUUCUUGGUCCUACAAAAAGAAGAAUAAAGAUAAAUCAAAAGAGGAAUAUACAAACUUUUUUGUUAAAACCUCCAUAUUAUCAAAUGGUGGUGCUAAAACUGAAGAUUUGAAUGAUCAAGGUAUUGUAGAAACAGUACCAGGUGUGAAAUUAAGUGACGAGGAGCUGUUUGCAGCUUGUGAAGGAAGAACUGCUCAUAAAGGUGCCCGUCAUGGUCUUAAAGCGCUAGGUAAAUUAGCAAGGAUUGAAAUGCAAGAACAGGCAUUAUUACAACAGGCUAAAUAUAAAGGUUACUCUCAAGCCAAGAAAGACAAAAACAGUGAAGGUGAUAUUUCAAGUGAAAACGAUAAAAAAGUAAAGAAAUCCAAAAACCUUCGCCUAGAAGCACAAGAAUCGAACCUUUGCCAUGAGAAUGAACCUGUAAAAAAAGUAAAAAGGAAAGCAAUUGACAGUGAUGCCAGUAGUGUAAAUAAAAAUGUUGAAUUAAAUGAACAAAAUGAAGGAGUAAAUGAAAUUGAUACUCAAGAUGGUGAAACAGUUCCCAAAAAGAGAAAGAAAAAGAAAAAAGAUAAGAAGACUGUUGAUGAAGAACAAAUUAGCCAGACAGAAGAUAUAACAGAAACAGAUGUGCCUAAGAAGAGUAAAAAGAAGAAGAAUAAAAAGUGAAAUGAAACAAAUUAUUUUGUAUAAUUUUUACAUUUACAAAUAUAAGGUUUUUAUUGUUA